UCGGCCAAUCACCGCCUAUACAAUUGCAGCUUACGGACAACGUGCACACCAAGGGCACCACCUAGGCAUGAACCUGCAUUUUCUGGCGGGUCGCUGCAUGCGAUCGUCACUGAGAGCUGCUGGGUUUCCGUCCCAAUUCGGGCAGCCAGCCCUCCAGUCGCCGUAUCUCUCUUUUUCUCGCCUUGUCGAAGCGACGCACGUUUCUCAAUGACAGGCGAGAAUUGGUGCCACGAGCAGGGUGUGACGGAGUUACUCCAGCUUCAUGCCUCGUUCCUGUGUCCACCGACGCCAUGGGUCCUCGAAGUCCGGUGGGAUCAUGCAUGAUGACCCGACAAGGGCUUCUCUCAGCUCGUUGACCUGUUCAAGGCAAGAUUUUUUCAGGUUAUGGCGAUGAUGAGCUCCACUGGACGGAAUGGCAAGAGCAUGUGCUCGAACUGUGAUGUAUAGGUCUGGGAAGAGAGAGCACGACCGACGUUCGAGCAUCCCCCUCGAAUUCCAAGUUCUUCUUCUUCCUCUUCCUCUUCAUCAUCAUCAAAGUCACUCUUCCCUUGAGACCUGUUGACUGCUCCCACCAGACAGCCAAAACAAGCUUUGUCUUUUGUGCACUCUUUCCUUAGGCAGAACAGGUUUCGUUUAUCCCAAGAUCAAAAUGUGGGAUAGCUUCGAGGACGCCAACGCCAUGGCCGCCAUGGUCAACUUCUUCCGGCCGAACAAAUACGCAUCACUGCCCAUCACCGAUGCCGAGAAGGCAGCGGCACACGCACCGUCCAAGAACUCGCUGACCUCAAUCGCCGAAGAGUCGGCCUCAGAGACGAGCAGUCAGCCGUCCGAAGACACGGCGUGCGAUCAAAACGACCUGCAAAAUGCUCUACUUGGAGGCGACAAGACCAGCAACAGCAACAACUCCAUCAACGCCCGCAUCGUGUCAGAUGCCAUCAUCGGGCUCUCCGACGGACUUACCGUCCCAUUUGCCCUGACCGCGGGUCUGUCCGCGCUCGGCAACACCAAAGUCGUGGUGUUCGGCGGCCUAGCGGAGCUGAUUGCAGGCGCCAUUUCCAUGGGGCUGGGCGGCUACCUGGGCGCGAAGAGCGAGGAGGCAGCAUACAAGGCCACCUACCGCUCGACGCAGAGCAACGUCCUAGAGAGCAGCAGUGAUCUGUCGUCACAAAUCACCAACAUCUUCGCGCCUUACCAUCUCCCGCCAUCCACGCUCAAGGACUUUACGAAUCAGCUCAUCACCUCGAACAGUCCCGAGACGGUGGUUGAUUUCCUCAUGCGUUUCGAGGAUGGUACCCCUGAACCUGCUGCCAGCCGGGCCGUAGUGUGUGCCCUUACCAUUGCGACGGGCUACUUUGCAGGCGGCUUCGUGCCUCUGAUCCCCUACUUCUUCGCACACAACGUGACCGAGGGUCUGAUCUGGAGCAUUGGGAUCAUGAUCUUGGCUCUGUUUGCGUUUGGAUAUGUCAAGACUGCUUUGGUGGAUGGUUGGUCUGGUUGGAGAUGCGUGCGCGGCAACUUGGUGGGCGCCGGUCAGAUGGUGCUGGUGGGUGGUGCCGCGGCUGGUUGUGCCAUGGGCGUAGUGAGAUUGUUCAACAACUUUAUAGAUCUGUGAUGAUGAACCGAGGGAUUUGGGAUUCUGUCUUUGAUGGCGUAAAGGAGGGUUGAAAUUGGAGUUUAGCGGAUAUAAAGUAGCCUGGGUACUGUGGAAAUGUGAACGAGCUCUUUUUUGACGAAAAUGAAGUCUUCUGCUUUCUUUCAAUGAUUGGGCACGUGAGCUUAGAUAUUGUACAACGGUUACCAUACCACGGGGUCCAAUAGCUAAAACCGCCGAAGUUGAACUUCAGCAUGGCAUCAUCCCAAGACAAUUACAAUCAAUUAACCCUG